AUGGAAAACUCAUUAUUAAAAAACCAUGAAUCAGAACUGAAUCUCAUGGCUACAGAGCUAAGGUUAGGAUUACCCGGUAGUGAUGAUCAUGAAGUCGAAAAACUUCCAUCCAAUUUCUCUAUUCUUAGAAACAACAAGAGAUCUUCACCAGAAUCAACCGAGGUAGAGUCCAUCAACAAGACCAAAAUGAAUACUUCUGAUGAUGAUGAUUCUAAUAUCACUAAUGAUGAUCAAGAUAAUGCUCCACCUUCAAAGGCACAAGUUAUUGGAUGGCCACCAAUUAGAUCUUAUAGGAAGAAUAGCUUACAACAGAAGAAAGGUGAAGAGGUUGGGAUGUACAUGAAAGUGAGUAUGGCUGGUGCACCAUAUUUAAGGAAGAUAGAUCUCAAAGUUUACAAGAGUUACUCGGAACUUCUCGAGGUUUUGGAAAAUAUGUUCAAGUGUACAUUUGGUGAAUAUUCUGAAAGAGAAGGGUAUAAUGGAUCUGAAUUUGUUCCAACUUAUGAAGAUAAAGAUGGUGAUUGGAUGCUUGUUGGAGAUGUUCCUUGGGAAAUGUUCAUGUCUUCUUGUAAGAGGUUGACAAUUAUGAAAGGAUCUGAAGCUAAAGGAUUGGGUUGUUUUUGA